ACGGUGCGAAUCGAGCUAUCGUCGACGUCGAAGCUGUCAAACAUGGCGAGAAUGUCUAUCUCGAGUGCUGGUCAAAAAUGUGAAUAGAGGGUUCGGGUUGUGGUGAGAUUCGUGAAUCUCGGGUGUUCUCGUCGUAGGCAGAAGCCAGCGAGAGAUGCGAUCGGGAGUUAGAUUGACAGGCCGAAAGUGAAUGUGCCGAGUGAACGGCCCCGGCAGUUUUGCGGCCGGGAUUAAUCUAAGGGCAUGCCAAUUUGGGAACUAUGGGUGCUCAACAGACCAAGGAAAGAAUCGUUCCUACCGGCUCCACUGCGCGACAGACGCGCAAACAGCCAAGGAACCUUAAGGAAUCGCGUCUCGUUGGCUCCAAUAUAUUUACCGAACACAGCGAAUAUUUAAAAAAGAAUCGUGAUAAAUUAACGCACAAGAAAUACGAAGAAGCUCUUUUACAAAGCAGACCGCUACCUCACAUUCCGGCAUUACCAGAUGGUGAUCCUCCCAGCGGUUCCGGCAUUCAGCCAAUUUCACAACAAGUGAAUAUUCAGCAACAUGCUGGCGUUCCUUCUACAGGGCUUUUGGAAGCUGCGAACAGGUGGACUAGUAAGGAAAACCUAUUGGCACAGGAAGAGGAUGAUCCGCAGCUAUUCGUUGCUCUGUAUGAUUUUCAAGCAGGUGGAGAAAAUCAGCUCAGUCUUAAAAAAGGAGAGCAAGUUCGUAUUCUGAGUUAUAACAAGAGUGGAGAAUGGUGUGAAGCUCAUUCGAGUACUGGUCAAGUGGGUUGGGUUCCAUCAAAUUAUGUCACUCCAGUAAAUUCUCUAGAGAAGCAUUCUUGGUACCAUGGGAGGAUAUCUAGGAAUGCUGCUGAGUAUCUCCUAAGUUCAGGUAUAAACGGCAGUUUCCUGGUUCGCGAGUCUGAAAGUAGCCCGGGUCAACGCAGUAUUUCUCUGAGAUACGAGGGUAGAGUCUAUCAUUAUAGAAUUAAUGAAGACAGUGAAGGAAAGAUGUAUGUCACAAAUGAAAGCAAAUUUAACACUUUGGCGGAACUAGUCCAUCAUCAUUCAAUGCUUGCCGAUGGUCUAAUCACACAGUUACUUUAUCCUGCACCAAAGCACAACAAACCUACCGUUUUUCCACUUAGUCCAGAACCGGAUGAAUGGGAAAUCAAUAGAACAGACAUAGUCAUGAGACAUAAAUUAGGAGGGGGACAAUACGGGGAUGUCUACGAAGCAGUAUGGAAGAGGUACAAUAUGACCGUUGCCGUGAAGACGUUGAAGGAGGACACGAUGGCCCUAAAAGACUUUUUAGAGGAGGCUGCAAUCAUGAAGGAGAUGAAGCACAGGAAUCUAGUUCAGUUGUUAGGUGUAUGUACUCGCGAACCGCCUUUCUAUAUCAUUACAGAAUUUAUGAGUAAAGGGAAUUUGCUUGACUAUCUGCGGAACGAAAGCAAACAUCAAAUCAACGCUGUCGUUUUGAUGCAUAUGGCGACCCAGAUCGCCAGUGGCAUGAGUUACCUGGAAAGCAGAAAUUUCAUUCACAGAGAUCUAGCGGCUCGAAACUGCCUAGUGGGUGAAAAUCAUCUGGUGAAGGUCGCAGACUUUGGCUUGGCUCGAUUGAUGAGAGACGAUACAUACACGGCUCAUGCUGGAGCGAAAUUUCCUAUAAAAUGGACUGCUCCAGAGGGGUUGGCUUACAAUAAAUUCUCUACAAAGUCUGAUGUAUGGGCAUUUGGCAUCUUGUUGUGGGAAAUAGCAACCUACGGCAUGUCUCCAUAUCCUGGCGUCGAUUUGACGGACGUUUAUCACAUGUUGGAGAAAGGCUAUAGAAUGGAGUGUCCUCCUGGAUGUCCACCGAAAGUUUAUGAACUAAUGCGCCAAUGCUGGCAGUGGUCUGCGGCUGACCGGCCUACAUUUAAAGAGAUCCAUCACUCCCUUGAAAAUAUGUUCCAGGAAUCCAGUAUUACCGAAGAAGUGGAAAAACAGCUUCAAGGUGGAGGAGAGAUUCCCUUACUUUCGUAUAAAAAAUCUCAAACUGGUAGUACUGGAAAUAUUCAUGGACUUGUUCUUGUUUCUGAACCACUGCCUUCUUCAGAUACUACUAGUUCCAUAACAAAACUGAGUACUUUUACGGGUGGUUUGUCGAGUAAGAAUAACAGUAACAUCGUACAAAUGAGACGUUCUACGAAUAAAAAGGGAAAACAAGCUCCAGCACCUCCGAAAAGAACAAGCCUGCUGUCGUCGUGCAGUUCGUUCCGCGACUCUGCGUACCAAGAACAAGAUACUCAAAAUACUGAAACGAACACCAUGACUCUCGACGAUGCCACGGAUCUAAAUGGUAUUGAUAAGAUUCUCGAAGGUAUUGCGCGAGAUCUCGCGACGAUGGCUCAAGGAACGAUUGCUGCAGGAGGCUGCGAAAUCGAGGAGGACGGAGAGGGUUCUCAGGGUACGGCGGAACCAAAUUUCAUCUCUCAACCUUCAACGUCACCGGAACCCAUACCUGGACUAGUCUGUACUCAAAAACAAAUCAAACCUAGACCAUACCCAACAAAAGAACCACUACCGCAAAAGCUUGUACAAGUGGGAGCAUUAGAAGUACAGAACGUAAAGAGAGCUAUUAAUCGUUAUGGUACAUUACCAAAAGGUGCUAGGAUCGGCGCGUAUCUUGAGUCCCUUCGUCAAAGCGGCAUGCCAUCGAAUCAAGAAUCUGCAUCAGUGGCCUCUUCUAUAGUACCCAGCUCGAUGGAGCAACAUGAAGCUACUCACGACGGUUCGCAGCAUAGAUCUCUCUCUCCUCGUCAAAGCAAUUUACGAAGUCAGCCUCAAAUGACUCGCAGCAAUUCUUCAAGCGGUGUCGUCAAUACGUAUCAGCCCCCAAAUUCUCCUCGUGGUCGAAUGGUAGCUGUAAGAAAGAAUAACCAAUCCGAAGGUGUUGGUCUAAGAACGUUUCGGGUUUCGAGUAACUCAAACUUCCGUACUGCGAGUCCUUCGAGAUCUGUUCAACCAUCGCUAGCCGAUUUAGAAUUUCCACCCCCACCCGUGGAUUUGCCACCUCCCCCAGACGAAAUUUUUACUGGUCUGGAACAGGCUGACCAUCCGCCUCCUAUUCCUUGUGCUGAUAUUUCUCAAGUGAAAAGUUCUCCCCUUUCCAUAAGAAAGGUAAAAAGUACGGAUUGGCGAACGAAAGAGGAAGAAAACGACCAACAGGAAGACAGAAAUGACGUCAGUAACGCAGAGCCUUCCGUGAAAGAAGCCAGCUCAAGAUUUGGAGUUAAUCUAAGGCGUAGAGAAAUUCAAGACAGCCUUUGCAGAAACUCUGAUAAUAAAAGGACGGGGUUUAAGUUUAGAAUAGAAACGAUCGAAACUGCCGCACCGCCGGAGGAAGCGCCGCCUCCUCCUCCACCACCUCCCCCGCCAAUUUCUACGAAUACACCACCUGACAGUUUCGAACGUAAACCCGGCAUGAAAGAAAUGCUAGAAUUAAAACUGAUAAAUGAGAUUAAACAAAGCGCAGAAACGAAGCAUGGCGUGACUACGAAGAAAAGCGGAGUCGCAAGUUGUACUCCAUCAGCACCUCUCGAUCCAGCGUCGCAGUUGUUGUCGGAACUCUGCGCCAGUUUCAAUAUGGAGGCUGGACAGAGACACGCCCAGAAUGAAUAUGCUGUAUCAACUUUAAAGACCAAUGAAGUAAUUCAAGAUCACCAACAACAAAUUCACAAUGCUCACAAAGAUUCGUCAGUAUCCUCUCCAGUGACCGAGUCCAUCCUAUCCAGUGGAAAUGUUGGGUUUAAAUUGAAGAGAGUAGACAAACGAAACAAUCCGCAAAAGGAAGAGACACCUGACGGACAAAUAAUUGACUUUAAGGCCAGAUUACGAAAAGUUGAGAAUGCUGAAAAGGAGAAACCUUCGGAGGAGAGAAGUAACGUUACGGAACAGUCCUCAGAAUCGGAAGAGCAACAAGAUGAUAAGCGCAGAAGUACUGGCAGUAUCAGUAGUUUGAAAAAGCUUUGGGAAAACAAGGAGUCUUGCGAUAGCCAACCUCAUAGUCCAAAGCUCAGUGUUCGAGGAAGCAGUGGCAAACCAGAUACUUUUGAUCAGACGGAAGACUCACCAGAGGAUCACAGUGGAGCCUCAACACGCAGUCAAAGUUCUGGGAGCAAAAGCGAUGUCAGACUGUGGCCACCACCCGAACCAGAAAAACCGGCCGUUCCAGCAAAACCACUGAAACCCCUGUGUUCUUCGACGAAACACUUUUGCUCUUCAAUUUACGCGACACCGAACUGUACGAAAUCUCAAAAUACCGAGGACGACCUAAGUAAGCAGAACGCAGACUCAAGAACCGCGAAACAAGCGGUGUUGGAGCUUUCGACGUUAAUCGAGAGCAGCGUGGUGAACUUGAAAAGUAAUUCGACGAUAGUAAUGACCAGCUGGCUCCAGCUCUCAGAUAAGGUAGGGCUGUUACAUGGAAUGUGUACGAACCUCGCAGACAGUGGCAUCGCCCCGCACGCACGGUUUCAAUUCCGCGAACUUCUCGCGAGGUUAGAGCUUCAAGCGCGACAACUGCGCGCAGCAGGUACUCGAAAUGUCGCAGAGAACACAAGACUUCUCACUGACCUCCAAAACACAAUAAAAGAUGUCGUCAACGCCGUGCAAAGAUAAACCAGGGAGAUUGAACACCGUUUUCUCUAUCUCCACCCUUAUUCUCGUCCUCGUUUUUUAUCUGGCACAAUUUGCAAAGUUCACGUGUCUACUCUGCCAAAAAUAUUUUUGACUUUUUUUUUUUUUAAACCUUCGUUUUGUUCUGAGUAUUGAAUAUCCCUCGAAUUUGUUGUUACAUUUCACUCGGGUUUCCCAUAGAAUGUAUUUUGCGUGUCGAAUAUUGUAGGUGUUAUGUAUCAGUACUAUCCCUGGAGAUGACUCGAUUAGAGCCGAAAUUUUGCUCUUGGAGAGUGCUCGAAGCGAAGAAUGCUUACGGACAAGGCCUCAAGCCGAAGACGGCCUCAAUUAAUAUCGGUUUGAUGGAAAAGUAAUGAAAAAGGAAUCUAAACACACAAUACUAAAUUAAAGGUGGAUGUAUUCCAUUUUCUAUCGAUAUAUUUCUUAUUAUAGACUGCGAUUAGCAAUUUUUUUUCAAAUUUUGGGAAUACUGUUACGAUAAAAGUGUCAUUUUUUUGAUAUCGAAAAAAGAGGACCGUAUAGUGCAUAAAUAUAAUUCACUCAUAUUUUUUAUGUAUUGAGUUCUGCGAGAACAAAUGAUAAUUCUCAAAAACAACGUGAAUCUAGAGAUACGAUAAGUAAAUAAGGAUCAAACGUACUAGUUCCUUCAAUUUUUUUAACAAUAGUUUUAAACCUAUAGAAAAAAGGACGAGUAAUCGCAGUUCAUCAAAAAAAAAAAAAAGAAAAACAAAUAUAAAUAUACAUAUAUAUAAUAUGAAUACAACAAGAAAUACUUUUUGUAUACUGAACACUUGAUUUUAAAAUUAAGCAUUAUUACUUUUACGUCGAUCCAAUAUUUAGUCUGCAUCAAUGAAGCUCUACGUGAAUUAUACACUCGUCCACUAUACGAUAAAUGUGGUGAUUAUAGUUAUCGAGUAAAACGUCUCGGUGUUCUUUCAUCGAACUUUCUUGCGCCGUGCUUCGUAAUAUCGUACGCAAAGUCUUAGGCUAGAUUAUAAAAAGUAAGUGCGAAACUUUUAAGCGUGUAAACCAUUUUAAUGCGUGAGAGAACGUAACAAUUUUUGUA